GCCGCCGAGGAGACGGGGGAAGCUCACGGCCGGGCGCUGCCGCUCUCCCCGGAGCGGGGCUGCCGUGGCUGCGCCGCCGCCGGUCCCGCCGGGCGGGCGGGGGUCCGUGCCAGCGGAGCAGGAGGCGACUCUUCUCCUCCCUGGAGUGACAUGGAGCAGCUGAAGUGACCCGAGGAGCCAUCGCAGUGAGUGGAGCCGCCGUGGAGCACCCACGGGUGCCCGGGCAGCGCAGCCCCCCUUGCAGCGGUGCCGCUGGCCGUGCCCAUGGGGACCCCAGCGUCCCCUGCUGUGCAGAAUGCUGGGCUGUGGGUGGCAGGGUGCGCCCAGCGCCUCUCCCAUGUGUGCCCCGGUGCCAGGGGGGCACGGGGCUCACGGACCCUCUGUCCCACAGGCGCUGGCCAGGAUGGGCUGUGUGCCCUGCAAACAGAGGGGGGCUGGCAAAGGGCAGGCAGGGGGCGAGGGGGGCUCCCUCCAAGCCCCUGCCUCCCAGUACGACCCCGACCCCACGCAGCCAGGGGCUGUCUUCACCCGCAUCCCCGACUUCAACAACUUCCAGGGGCCAGCGGUGCCCGCGGCCCCGUCCUUCGCCGAGCCGGGGGGCUUCACCUCCAACGCGCUGCCCGCGUGGAGCGGGGGCAUCACAGGCGGGGGGGUGACGCUCUUCAUCGCCCUGUACGACUAUGAGGCCAGGACUGAGGAUGACUUGACAUUCCAGAAAGGGGAGAAAUUCCACAUCAUCAACAACACGGAGGGGGACUGGUGGGAGGCCAGGUCGCUGAGCUCGGGAGCCACGGGCUACAUCCCCAGCAACUACGUGGCCCCUGUGGACUCCAUCCAGGCAGAAGAGUGGUACUUCGGGAAGAUCGGGCGCAAAGAUGCGGAGCGGCAGCUCCUGUGCCACGGCAACUCCAGAGGCACCUUCCUCAUCCGGGAGAGUGAGACGACGAAAGGUGCCUACUCCCUCUCCAUCCGGGACUGGGAUGAGGCCAAGGGAGACCACGUGAAGCACUAUAAGAUUCGGAAACUUGACAGCGGGGGGUACUACAUCACCACCCGUGCCCAGUUCAGCACCAUCCAGCAGCUGGUCCAGCACUAUAUAGAGCGGGCGGCCGGGCUGUGCUGCCGCCUGGCCGUGCCGUGCCACAAGGGAACCCCCAGGCUGGCCGACCUCUCAGUCAAAACCAAAGAUGUGUGGGAGAUCCCCCGCGAGUCCCUCCAGCUCCUCAAGAAGCUGGGAAAUGGGCAGUUCGGGGAAGUCUGGAUGGGGACAUGGAACGGCACCACGAAGGUGGCAGUGAAGACGCUGAAGCCGGGGACCAUGUCCCCCGAGGCCUUCCUGGAGGAGGCUCAGAUCAUGAAGCGGCUGCGGCACGACAAGCUGGUGCAGCUCUACGCCGUGGUGUCGGAGGAGCCCAUCUACAUCGUGACCGAGUUCAUGAGCCAGGGCAGCUUGUUGGACUUCCUGAAGGAUGGGGACGGCCGCUACCUGAAGCUGCCCCAGCUGGUGGACAUGGCUGCCCAGAUUGCGGCAGGCAUGGCGUACAUCGAGCGGAUGAACUACAUCCACCGGGAUCUCCGCGCUGCCAACAUCCUGGUGGGAGACAACCUCGUGUGCAAGAUCGCCGACUUCGGCCUGGCUCGCCUCAUCGAGGACGAUGAGUACACAGCGCGGCAGGGUGCCAAGUUCCCCAUCAAGUGGACUGCUCCGGAGGCUGCACUUUUUGGGAGGUUCACCAUCAAGUCGGACGUCUGGUCCUUUGGCAUCCUCCUGACUGAGCUGGUGACCAAAGGCCGCGUGCCCUAUCCAGGGAUGAACAACCGAGAGGUGCUGGAGCAGGUGGAGCGGGGGUACCGCAUGCAGUGCCCGGGGAGCUGCCCCCCAUCCCUGCAUGAGGUGAUGGUGCAGUGCUGGAAGAGGGAGCCCGAGGAGCGCCCCACCUUCGAGUACCUCCAGUCCUUCCUCGAGGACUAUUUCACUGCCACCGAGCCCCAGUACCAGCCCGGGGACAACCAGUGACCCAGUGCUGGCACUCCAAGGAAGCUCCGGGGGGACUUUGGGGUGAAUCUCUUCUUUUCUUUAGAAGUGGUUGCUUCCUUUGUCUGUGCCCCUCCAAAAUGCCUUUUGGGGGGUGCUCAGGGUGCCCAGGGCGGACACAGGGCUUUGCACAAGGAUGCUGGACUCACAGAGAAGACAAAACUGUGCACCCCACCCCCCCUCUUCCCCCCCUCCCUUUAUUGCCUUCACACCCAGCUUUGAACCUGAGAAGGGCUUUGGCUGCAGGGGGGACUGUGGGGAACCCCCGUGAACCCCCAGACCCACAGAGUAGCAGAGGGCUUGGGGGAGCUCCCCAUGCCAGCCCUAAUCUCUCUGGGAGCACAGCUGGGUGGGGUUCAGCCCCCCAGAGUCCUGGCGCUGACCUGUGGGAGGCCAUCUCAACCCUCCCUCCCUUUAUAUCUCCUUUAAUUUAUAAGAUUGUGUAUGCCUUCCCCCAGCAGCCAUCGACCCCACCAAGGGGUCCCAGUCUUUGGGGGACCCCCUUGUCCCUGCCCUUAUCUCCUCUGCUCUAUGGCAGAGCCAAGUGCUGGAAGCCAUGCGCCCACCUCUGCUUGCACUGGGGGGACAGGGCGUCCUACGGGGGGGACACAAGGGGUCCUGGGGGGCCCGGGCAGGCUGGGGGCAGCGCUGCCCCAGCGGCCGUUUCCUGCUGCCCACGGGGGCAGGACGAGGGUACGGGGUGGGCUCGGCCCCACAGCUCCCGGGCAGGUCGUGGCUGCCUGGGCUCAGCCCUCUGCAGCAGGGGUUCAGGGGGACUGGGGGGAGCGUGUGCCAAUGUGAAUGUGGGGUGCCACCCCGCCUGCUGCCCCCCAGGCACUGCCGUUCUUGAGUGGGGUCUCAGUCCUGUGCCCCACGGCCAGGAACACCCCACACCCCUCGGGCAGGGCUGUGGGUGGGCAGUGCCGUGGUGGGGGAGGGAAGGGCAAGGGGGGGAUUUGUUGUUUAAUUUUUUUUUACAAAGUCUGUAAAUACGGAGAAAUAAACCUUUCUAACAAA